AUGGCCAAACCUCGAAAUGCCAACGAGGCCCUGUUCUAUCUCGUACCGCAAGACGCCGAGUCCCGAAAGAUUGUCGAAGAAACCCCAUCCUACCAAGGUCAAUACAAGGGCAUCGUCAGCCUGCAGGUCAAGGCUGGGAGCAAGUCCAACUUUGCUGGACGUAUCUUGUCCAUCGGCAGACUAAAGCAGCUGAGUGACAUUGUGCUCUACCUUCGUGGGCUGCCCGACCAGCAAUGCUCUUUUCAGCUUCACCCAUCGGGAGAGCUGAUGCUACAAGAUGCAACUACAGGUUGUCACACCUGCCUCAGGUGUACGGAUACCCGCGGAAACACAAUCGACAAAUACCGCUUACAAGGCGACCCUCGUCGUCGAAUGUUAUACCAAUGGAGGGGAGCCUACCGAUCAUCAUAUGGCUUACAUCGCUGA